AAACUUCUCAUAUCCUUUAUUUUAACUUUUAUCACUAGAUGAAUCUUAUAUUUCUAUGAUACUGUGACAAUUAGUUGCAACUCCUUUUCUUCAAAAGGGUGUUCUUAUUGACAUGGUUUUCCCAGGAGUAAAUGAGAUGACUCUUAAAGGGUUGGUAUCACUUGUGAGCAAUCUAAUUGGCCUAGCCGAGGGGCAAAGGAACAAGGAUGCUCCUUUACCUUCUUGCAUCAGCAAUUUGAAUGAAGAUUGUUGGUGUUGUGUGUGCCUGUCAAGGUUAAAGGCAAGAGAUGAAAUCCGUGUUCUUCCUUGCUCUCACAAAUUCCAUAAGAUUUGUGUAAACAGAUGGCUUAAGGGUCACCACAAAACAUGCCCACUUUGCCGUUUCUCAUUGGGAGCAGAGCAGAAGUCUCAUCGUGCUGAAAUCUUCUCUGAAGAGAUGUUGAUAUGGUUUUCUUCUUUUCAUAUAGCUGGUAUGUGAUGCUUUCAAGUUUUCUUGAUGCAAGCCUUUCCAAUCUCAUAUAAACCAAGAUCAAACAAAUUGCCUUUGUUUUCUGAUAUAUAUAUGAAUUCAAAUCAUCGUGUCUUCCUUUUCUCA